AUGGUACAAGUCGGUAAAAAAAAUAAUUAGUGAUCUUAAUAUUACAUAUAUUUUUCACAUCUACCCUCUAGGUGACUAUAUAUACACGAGAUAAAAGUUUUCUAAAUUAUUUUAAACGAUAUCGGUUAGAGGUUAUCAAAUCUAUUUCUCUCAUAUACAUCAUUGUCUAGGUUUAUUUCUCUCUUCUCUCUCAUCCCCUUUCCUGUGGUCCUCGGCCUAUUUAAGUCCCUCUUAUCACUUUCUCAGUUUCUUUAUAUCUCCAAGUGUCUUUACACAAUACUUCCUUACAUUUCAUUUUUGUUAUCUUUCUGCUUCCACACCUUCAACAAAAUAUAAAACUCAUGGAAUAAACAUAAACCCUCAAGAUCUACUGGCUAUAUAGACUCCCAUUUUUUUUUCACAAACUUAACUCGCUUAUUAAGUAUUAUAGCCUUUUUGUCUCUCGUACUCCUCCAGAGAAAGAGAGAAAGUACACAGCUUAAGUUUCACUUUCUUGCGACAUAGUAGUGUUACAACUAAGCAACAAGUAAAAUCCUACAAAAAUGUCUAACAGAAGAUCAAGACAAUCUUCAAGUACUCUGAGGAUCUCCGAUGACCAGAUGAUCGACCUAGUAAGUAAGCUCCGUCUUCUUUUGCCUGAGAUUCGUGAACGGCGCCGUUCUGAUAAGGUGUCAGCAUCGAAGGUACUACAAGAAACAUGCAACUACAUAAGAAAGCUGCAUAGAGAAGUUGACAAUCUCAGUGACCGUUUGUCCCAGCUGCUCGACUCGGUUGAUGAAGAUAGUCAAGAAGCUGCCGUCAUUAGAAGCUUACUUAUGUAACCUUCCAAUAUAAUGAUUUAUUACAAUUUAAUAUUAUUUAUAUUAAGUUAUACUGUAAUAUGUCGAUCGUCCUUAAUAUAUUAUCAAGAGACGUGUUUUUAAUGAG